AUGAACAUUGACGCUGCAUUCACUGCUCAUCUUCAGCUUGGGGUUCAGGGCAUGCCGUUCAACCCCGCUACAGAAGAGCAGACCAAGGCCGAGUUUGUGCGACGAGCUGGAGUUUCGGGAUGGGACGACUUUGCGCUCAGUGAUGAAGGGCGUGUCAAGUUACUAGAGUCUCUCAAAAACAUGUUGGGUGAUCUGGCAGUGCUCUUUUCAAGGGACAACAGCGGACCCUUCCUGCUUGGGUCACAGGUUACCUACGCAGACAUCAUUGUUGGCGCUUGGCUGCGGAUGAUGCAUGUAACUUUUCCGGAGGACGAGUGGAAGCAGGUUAUAUCUUGGCAUCAAGGCAUUUUUGGCAAACUGCACGAUGGAUUGGAGGUGUUCGCAGAAGUAAAGUAG